CCGCGCCGACCAAAAACCUCCCCCCGCCUCUCCCCCUCCCUCCCUCUCCACCACCGCCGCAGCCCACCAUGGACCCCUUCUUCGCCGCCGACGACGGCAGCGCCGCGGACGACCUCCAGCGCACCGCCUCCCACCCCUUCGACGACGCCGAGGACGACGCCACCGAUGCCGCGGCCGCCGACGGCGGCGCGGGAGGGUACGCCUCCUUCGCGGACGCAGGGUACUCCUCCUUCGCCGACGCCGGCCCCGAGGAGGAGGUGGACGAGGAGAUCGCCGUGGACUCCGACGGCGGAGCCGUCCCGGUCCGCCACGUUUCCGGCGGGUACGCCCCCGCGGCCUUCUUCCCCGACUCGGACUUCGGGGGCGGGGACGACGACGGCCCCGUCCUGCCGCCGCCGGCCGAGAUGGGCCGGGAGGAGGGGGUCCUCCUCCGCGAAUGGCGCAGGCAAAAUGCUCUAGUUCUCGAGGAAAAAGAACGGAAGGAGAAGGAGCUCCGUGCCCAAAUAAUUGCAGAAGCUGAAGAGUUCAAGAUAGCUUUCAAUGAGAAGAGGAUACAGACCUGUGAGACGAAUAAGGUCCAUAGCAGGGAAAGAGAGAAGAUUUUCGUUGAAAGCCAGGAGAAAUUCCAUGCUAGCGCAGACAAGCAGUACUGGAAAUCAAUCUCGGAGCUAAUCCCACAUGAAAUCGCUACCAUCGAGAAGCGGGGCAAGAAAGACAAGGACAAGAAGCCAUCCAUCGCAGUCAUUCAGGGUCCCAAGCCCGGCAAGCCCACCGACCUCUCCCGGAUGCGCCAGGUCCUAGUGAAGCUCAAGCAUGCUCCGCCGCCGCACAUGAUGCAACCUCCACCAGCCCCUGCUGCCAAGGAAGGCGCCAAGGAAGGUGCAGAAGACGGCGCACCAGCACCAGCAAACGGAGCCAAGCAGCCCGCAGAGAGCAAAGAAGCACCCGCCAACGGCCCUGCCGCAGAGACGGAGAAGGAGCAGCCUGCAGCAUCAGAGUAGCUUCUUUUCUUUUUACAGAAACACCAGAACCAUGACUAUGCUUAGACUGAAACUUCUUAUGUUUUCAAUACCCAGAGUGUCGCCUGUCCUGUAGCGAUCUUUUUGUAGAGAUCCGCACCAAGGAUGGCUAUGUAUCGAUCAGCCCUGAACAUUCAGCUUAGUAUCACAGCAAACAACUGCACUCUUCACUGUUUUCUCCUGGUUCCAGACUUUUUGGAUGGGUGAAUACAUAAUGGUCUUAAACCAAAA